AUGGCGCCGCCCGAAGCCAUGGACGCGGACGCGGACGUGCGGAGCGCGUCGGCGGUGCUGGCGAAGCCGAAAGACAUUGGUGACGCGGAUUUUGCAAAUUAUUUCUGCACGUACGGGUACCUGUACCAUCAGAAGGAUAUGCUGGAGGAUCAGAAUCGAAUGACGGCGUACAGCGACGCGGUGCGGUUGAAUCCAGAGUCGUUUCGGGAUAAAGUCGUGCUCGAUGUGGGGACGGGGAGCGGAGUGCUGGCGAUGUGGGCGGCGCAGGCUGGGGCGAAGAAGGUGUACGCGGUGGAGGCGACGCACAUGGCGGUGCAGGCGAGGAAAAUCGUCGCGGCGAACGGGCUGAGCGACGUCGUGGAGGUGAUUCAGGGCUCGAUGGAGGAGGUUGUCCUGCCGGAGAAGGUGGACGUCAUCAUCAGCGAGUGGAUGGGGUAUUUUUUACUCCGUGAGUCGAUGUUUGACUCGGUGAUGAAGGCGAGGGAUAAGUGGAUGAAGCCGGGAGGCGCGAUGUUCCCGUCGCGGGCGAAGAUGUACCUGGCGGCUAUAAAGUCAAACAAGAGCGGGAUGAAGUAUCAAGAGUUACAGGAGUCCAUGAACGUGUGGGAUCAGUUCGUCGCGGACACGAACGAGAACUACGGCAUCGACCUCUCGUGCAUGACGGGGGAGUUCGAAGAGGAGCAGCGAGAGCACUAUCUGAACACCGCGGCGUGGAGCGACGUGCACCCGUCGCAGCUCAUGUCCAGGCCGAUCACCGUCGCUGAGUUCGACCUGAACAAGGCGACGAUGGAUGACAUCGAACAACUUCGCAACGUUGAUUUCAAGAUGAAGCUCUUCCCACAGCGCACCGGUGCUCCAGGGGAGUCUCGCGUCGGCGCGUUUUGCGGCUGGUUCGACGUCACGUUCGCUGGCUCCCCUGAGAACCCGUGCGAGAAUCCGGUCGUUCUCACCACGGAGCCCGAUGCGAACGGCGCCACGCACUGGGGACAACAGUCGUUCCACAUGUGGCCCGAGGUUCACGCCUCGGACGGCGAGAUCAUCUCCGGUACGCUCGACAUGGUGCGUCGCCAAGAAAACCAACGCCUGUACAACGUUCGCAUGAACUGGCACCAGGAGGACAAGGACGGCGUCGUCAACGAGCAACUAGGCCGACGCGAUGUCGUGUGGCAGAUCGAGUAA